AUGACGCGCGGAGGAGGCAGCCGGAGCCGCCGGAGCUGCCGGAGCUGGGAUCAGGGCGCCGCGCGCGGGGGGUGGGCGCCGCUCGCUCCGCCCUGCGAAGCCCCUGCGCGCCCAGGGACGCGUCCACCCCGCUGCAGCCCCGCCAGGCUCCGCCGUGUGGCCGCCGCCGCCGCCGCUGCUGCCAUGUCCCCGGGGAAGCCCGGGGCGGGCGGAGCGGGGACAAGGCGGACCGGCUGGAGGAGGAGGAGGCGGAGGCGGCGGCUGGAGGCGGCGACUAGGGCGCCGGGGCUCGGAAGCACGGCGGGGCCCGACUCGCGCGUCCCGGGCACGUUCCAGGGCGCGCGGGGCAUGAAGCAGGCGGCGCGGGAGGCGCGGCCGCCUCCGCGCUCGCCCCGGCUCCGCUGGGCGCUGCCGCCGCUGCUGCUGCUGUUGCGCCUGGGCCAGAUCGUGUGUACAGGUGACUGCUCCCGCUGCCAUCUGGUUGAAUCCACAUCUACAACCAGUGAGAUUCAAUCUAUCGAGGCACUAGGAAACUUUUCAGUGAUAAAUGUAACAGAUUUGAGUGGCCAGAGUCAGCAGUUUCCCCGAGCAGACAGUGAUGGGAAGACUUCAUUUUCAGGGCUGGUUCCUGGGCUGCACUAUCUUUUCACCUUUUCAAAUGGCUCUAGUACCUGCUGCCAAGAAGUGCAAAUACAACCCAGUCCUACAGAAGCUGUUACCAUCAGUCCAACCAGUGUGACCCUAACCUGGGAAAACGACACAGCUGGAGUAACGAGUAAGAUGGAAAAUGGGCAGAUGAGUCUUGCAAAUCAAACAGGUGGUAACAGCACAUACUCAAGUCCAGGACGCAAUGGGACUUCAGGAGAUACCACAUUAGAGCCUCGUCCCGUUUCUGGUCUUCGUGUUGUCUUCGUGGGUGUGACGCACGUUGCUCUUACCUGGAAGAAUGAUAACCUCACUGACACCUGCCGGAUGCUCCUUGAAGAAAGCCAAGAGUCGUCUCAAAACUUAGCAGUCAAUAUUUCAGGGAUUCAAAACAAGUUCACCCUGUUUCUUUCAAAUAAGACACAGAGUGACCCUCUGGUUACAGAAAAUAGCUUAGAUGCCAGCAACACAGACCGCUUUCUGCAGCCACCCAGGAGCCCCACUGCCCCUGGGUACAAAUACGGACUCGAACCUGCAGCCCCGUCCUCUGACCCUUCUCUGCCCCAAGACACCACGGAAGUCCUGCUUUUUGGGUUAAAGUCUGACACACAGUACAAGGCCACUGUUUAUCCUCGAGCAGCAAAUGGUACCGAAGGACAGCCCCGCACCACAGAGUUUAAAACAAAUUCCAGUCAGGUGUUUGACAUCGAAGUUGUGAACAUCAGUGCCACAGGCUUGACCCUGACCUGGAAAAUCAAUGAGAAUGAGUCAUCUUCUGUCUAUACCUACCAGAUACAAGUUGCUGGCGAGACAGAUUCCUUCAAUCUCACUGUCCGUGAGACUCAUGCAGUCAUCACCUCACUCAGCUCGAGCACGUUAUACAACAUCACAGUGUGGCCUUUCCUUGACAACACUUCUGAGGGCAUACCGGGCUUUCUCCAAGUGUACACCCCCCCCAGACCAGUUUCUGACUUUCGAGUGACAAGUGUCAGCACAAGGGAAAUUGGCUUAGCAUGGAACAGCAAUGACUCUAAUUUCUUUGAGAUAAAUAUCACACGGGAUGAAGUUAGAGAAUGUCAAACAACCACCGAACAAAGUAUUGUCAUUGGUGACUUACGCCCUGGAGCCAAGUAUCGUUUUGACAUAUUUCCACAAGGACCAAAUGGGACUACAGGGGAUUCCCAAACAGUUUACAGUACAACUGACCUCGGUGCAGUGUUUGAUAUCCGUGUGGUCAAUGUCACCACAACCGACAUGCAGUUGGCGUGGCGGAAUACAGACAAUGUUACUGGGUACAUCUACUGUGUAGCGAUAGAGUCUGAGCACAGCUCUAACCAGACAAAUAGUUCUCAUGAAGCCAUCACUCUCGGGGGCCUGAUCCCGGGCACCUUAUAUAACAUCACAAUCUUCCCAGAAAUGAACGGUUGCCUAGGGAAUUCCAACUCCACCGCACAGUACACACGGCCCAGCAAUGUGUCCAACAUUGAAGUAAGGACCAACACCACAGCAGCAACCUUAAACUGGCAGAACUUUGAUGAAGCCUCUUUGAGGUACACCUACCGCCUUCUAAUUGAGCAGGAUGGAAAUUCCAGCAAGGCCACACAAAUAGUCACAGACAUCGGCAUCACCUAUGCUACAGUCACCGAGUUAACACCUGGCUCCUCAUACACCGUAGAGAUCUUCACACAGGUGGGGAAUGUCACCGAGUCACUGGUACCUGGCUGGCAGUCAUUCUGUACAGACCCUGCACCAGUAACCUUCUUCCACUGUGAGGUGGUCCCCAAAGAGCCAACCUUGGUCCUCAAGUGGGCCUGCCCUUUCGGCACCAACACAGGCUUCGAGCUGGAGGUCAGGCACGGAGACUGGGAAAAUAUGACGAACCUGGAGAGCUGCUCCUCGGAGAACGGCUCUGAGUACAGGACGGAAGUCACAUAUUUGAAUUUUUCUACCUUGUACAACAUCAGCAUCAUUGCCCGGUCCUGUGACAAGAUGGCACCGCCCACCCAAAACACCUGCCUCACUGGCAUCACAGACCCUCCUUCUCCAGAUGGAUCCCCUAACAUUACAUCUGUCAGUCACAAUUCUGUGAAGGUCAAAUUCAGUGGGUUUGAAGCCAGCCACGGACCCAUCAAAGCCUACGCUCUCAUUCUCACCACUGGGGAUGCUGUUCACCCGUCAGCAGAUGUAUUGAGAUAUACGUACGAAGAUUUCAAAAAGGGGGCCUCGGAUACUUAUGUGACAUACCUCAUAACAACAGAAGAAAAGAGAUGUUCUCAGGGCUUAUCUGAAGUCUUGAAAUAUGAAAUCAAUGUUGGGAACGAGUCCACCACGCACGGCUAUUACAACGGGAAGCUGGAACCUCUGGGUUCCUAUCGGGCUUCUGUGGCUGGCUUCACCAAUAUUACCUUCAACCCUCAAAGUGAUGGACUCAUAGAUGGGGCUGAGAGCUACGUGUCCUUCAGUCGCUAUUCAGAUGCUGUUUUCUUGCCCCAGGAUCCAGGUGUCAUCUGUGGAGCAGUGUUUGGAUGUAUCUUUGGUGCCUUGGUUAUUGUGGCCGUAGGAGGCUUCCUCUUCUGGAGAAAGAAAAGGAAAGGUGCCAAGAACAAUGACGUGUCCUUUUCUCAAAUUAAACCUAAAAAAUCCAAGUUAAUCAAAGUGGAGAAUUUUGAGGCCUACUUUAAGAAACAGCAAGCUGACUCCAACUGUGGAUUUGCGGAAGAAUAUGAAGAUCUGAAGCUUGUUGGAAUUAGUCUACCUAAGUACGCAGCUGAACUGGCUGAGAAUAGAGGAAAAAAUCGCUAUAAUAAUGUUCUACCCUACGAUAUUUCCCGUGUCAAACUUUCAGUCCAUGCCCAUUCAACUGACGACUACAUCAAUGCCAACUACAUGCCUGGCUACCAUUCCAAGAAAGAUUUUAUUGCCACACAAGGACCUUUACCCAACACUUUGAAAGAUUUUUGGCGUAUGGUUUGGGAGAAAAAUGUCUAUGCCAUUGUCAUGUUGACCAAAUGUGUUGAACAGGGAAGGACCAAAUGUGAGGAGUACUGGCCCUCCAAGCAGGCUCAGGACUAUGGGAACAUAACGGUGGCAAUGACGUCAGAAAUUGUUCUACCAGAAUGGACCAUCAGAGACUUCACAGUGAAAAAUAUCCAGACAAGUGAGAGUCACACUCUGCGUCAGUUCCAUUUCACCUCCUGGCCUGACCACGGCGUUCCUGACACCACUGACCUGCUCAUCAACUUCCGGUACCUUGUUCGUGACUACAUGAAGCAGAGUCCUCCUGAGUCACCAAUUCUGGUGCACUGCAGUGCUGGGGUGGGAAGGACGGGCACUUUCGUUGCCAUCGAUCGUCUCAUCUAUCAGAUAGAGGACGAGAACACUGUGGAUGUGUACGGGAUUGUGUACGACCUUCGAAUGCACAGGCCUUUAAUGGUGCAAACAGAGGACCAGUAUGUUUUCCUCAAUCAGUGUGUUUUGGAUAUUAUCAGAUCCCAGAAGCACUCGAAAGUAGAUCUCAUCUACCAGAACACAACUGCAAUGACAAUCUACGAAAACCUUGCACCAGUGACCGCAUUCGGAAAGACAAAUGGUUACAUUGCCUAAAUUCCAAAGGAAAACCUUUCUGGAGUUAACCAGACCGUCACACCCACAGCAAAGGAAAAUGCCCCGAUGUUGACAUGUUUUUGUAUGUCUAGUAUCCUAAUUCUUUGUUCCGUUGUGUUAGAACUAAUUUGAGAGUGUGAAGCUGCACAUGUGAAACAUGACAAAUGAGAAGUUGGGGCUAUCAGGGGCUGUGGAUGGGUGGUGAGCAAAUCAACUAUGUUUCUGAUUAUCAGUGGGAUGAGUUCACUUUUUUUUUUUCUUGAGAAUUACAGAACACCAGGAAAAGUGAGCUAUGAUUUUUUUUUCUUUUACAAGACAUUCUUUUUAAAAAAGACUAUUUUAUAUGAUUCACAUGCUAAAGCCAGGAUUGUGUUAGGUUGAAUAUAUUUUAAGUAUCAGAGGUCUAUUUUUACCUACUGUAUCUUGGAAUCUAGCUGAUGGAAAAUACAUAAUAGUGGAUGAUUAUCAUGUAGGGAGGGCUACAUGGUACCUCUCCUGCCUGGGUUUUCUAUUUGAACAUGUGCCUUUUCUGAAUUAUGCUUCCACAGGUAAAACUCAGUAGAUCUCUAUUUUUGUAUUGAAUCUCAUAAUUGGACUAUGUGGAAUAUUUAAACAGUAGUUUAGUAUCAGAGGUUCAGCCUUCUUAGUAACAUUCCUGUUCUCAUUUGAUUAGAGGAGAUCCUCCCCAGCUUCCCCCAUCCCCUGUUUUGUGCUCUAUUCUUUCUUCCCUUUCCCCCUCCUAUUUUUCCCCAAAGACACUUCUGAUGGCCACAUUUUCUGCCCAUUGGUUGAGCAAGAGUGGAAACUGAAUUAUCACCGUGAGAAUUUCGGGGUGGGGGAAGGUCGGGGGGAAGCAGAGGAACCCUUCAGUGACACAAUAAUCUUUUAUUGUCCCCAUUUGAUCUUUUUUCUCAUUUCUGUAUGUGGUAAGAAGGAUUAUUUAAAGGUGCAAUAUGUGACUUAGUGAUUCAUGAUGCUCUAGGUUUUUAGUAAUGUUUUACUCAGGUUGGCAUUUUAUGUGUCUCUGUGUGUCCGUGUAUGUGUGUAUGUUUUUAAAAGCGUGGCAAUCUGCGAACACUUCCGUGUGAAAACAGUGUCAGAUGAAUCCCUCCUUCCGUAGAGUCUACUGGCUUUAGUCUGUAUCUGCAGUGACACAUACCCGUAUCUGCUGUAUAUAUAUAUACUAAACUCUUAAAACAGUCAUUCCUUGGAACUGAGGUGUACAAAGUUCAAAUUUGUAUCAAAGAUGUAAUUAUUAUUUUUAAAACUUCUUUUCAUUAUACUGCUGCUGUAAUUACUUUGAUUUUUUAAAGUGUAGAUUGAUUUUUGUCGUUGUUGUUUUUGGCUUUCAGGUAUGUGUAUCCACCGAGAAUUUCAGAAUCUAUGUGGAUUUAUUUUAUUGGUACAUAAUCUGUAAACUUCUCAAGGCAUUAACACGAAAGGAUUUGUUUCUUUUUAUUUUAUAUUGUGGCUCAGGUUAUAUUUUGAAGAUGUGUUGAGUUUCUCCUCCAAUAGGCAAUGAAGUGUACAAGGUCUUAUGAAGGAAUGACCAAGUCCCUGGAGUCCUGUGGCCGUUUCCCACAGUCAUAAAUCCUGCUGUAAACAUAGGACGAUGUGUCCUAUUGAAAACGGGAGCGGCGUGCCCUGGUCACCGUGGAUCUGUGGGAUCCUGUCUCCUGACCCUGCCAUGCUCCUUAACUCACCGGCACUUUGAUCACUGACUGGACAGUUGGGUAUCUUAGGGUCAUGAAGGGGGAACCACCGCCUACAGAAAGCCCUUGAUUCGGUUCAGAGGUCGAGUGCUGCACGUCUUUUGUCUCCCUCUCCCUUUGAGGUACUGAAAGGAAUAAAGGAGAAGUGGUAAUGGUGUCGUGUUUUGGGAGAACCUUACUUCCCAAAUGGAAAUUGCACUUUUUGCUGAAUCCUUUGCUCUCUUUGGUAGAAAGCAGUUUGUUCAGUAUCAGGCCCUUCGAGGAGUGGGCUGGCCAGGCCAGGCCAGGCUGGGUCCUCCUCUUUGGCUCUGAAGGUCUGCAUCAGGGAAGCCAUGCUGUCCCGGGGUGUUGAGUGAAGCUGGGUUUGGGCGACUGCUUCCAAGCCUUCACACUUGGAAGGCUACCCCUUGCACGCAAGAUCUUGGAGGGUUCCGUAACUUCUUCAGUGGUCCCUGUUCAGGCAGCAGUUCUGUGGGUCACACCCCUUCCCACUCCAAUUUGUCAGGAAACCACAGUGAUGGGUGCCACUGUACCAAAUCCCAUGUAGAUGUACGCCCUGCCCACAUCACUGCCGCUGCUGUGGAGAAGUCGGAGGGAAGGACUUAACUAGAAAAAUUCCUUUAAAAGAUGAAAGCAACAAUAAUCAUAAACAUAUUGUGUCCAAAUGCAAAACCCAGAAAUCUUCCUCCCUUCCGCCUGGGAUGAUCUUGGGAUCAGACGUCAUUCCCAAUCCUGGGAGGAAGGCUUGUGGUGGAGAGGCCUGGAUUCCAAAUGGGCAGGUCACACGAAGGUCACGAUGCUUCUCUGCAUCCUGAACAGACCUGGCGAUGGGCCAAGGGUGGGGGGGUUGGUGAGGGUAUUUAUAGCACAGUGAAAAGGGAAGAUUAAUGUGUAAAUAUAAAGGACACCCGGGCUGGGGGUUGGCCCCAGAAAAGAGAAAGUGCUUUUGAGUUCCUGCCCCCAGCCCUUCCAGGAACAAUGGAACAGUGGAUAAUGGACCAAACUUUGAGGAGUCCAGUGGAAUCGUGGGGAUGGUGUGAUCACCCUUGCUUAGUAUUUGACAGUUGCAUACAGAAAACCAGCCAGGAUGGGAUGAGUUAGUUUGGGGGAUUUGGGCCAUUGAUAUCUUCUCCCAAGAGCAAGGACGUUUUGUCUGCAAAGUUAAAUCUUGUGAUGAUUGGCACCAGUAGGAAGUGACAUUUGGGUCUGUUCCCUGUGGCCAUGUAACAACCAUUAGAUUUUGGCAUAAUUGACUCCACUGGAUUUGGGCAUCACCAAGUCAUAGGCUCCUGGGAUUGGGGCCAACUAUGCAGAUGAUUCUUGUUCGCUUUUCAUCUGGGAUGAAAAAGCCUGGUUUUCUUUUGAAAUGCUUGAUUGCACUUGCUGAGCUAAUAAACAAGUCUUGGUGACUGAUGUUGAUUUGCCUCCAAAGUCCAAGUUCUGAGUUUUCAGACUAUGUGUAGCAGUCGAGUAUUUAACAUACUGUAGCUUUUUUUCCCUUGGGGACACCUAUGAAUAGGAUAUGUUGAUGUGGACUCUAAAACUGUAAUUUUCUUGUAACUAUUUUGGAAUGAUGCAUAUUUCUAAUGUUUGUUAUACUUGUACAGAGUAUUGCUGUUGGUUGCUUUUUUUUUUUGGUUUGUUUUUUAAGGAAAAAAAUGGCCUGAAAAAAAAAUUU